AUGUCUAAGCAAAGCCAGUCUCCAAUGGCCCGGUUUCUUCAAACUGAAAAUAUUCGAGUUAAUUCGCAGUCUAAAACUUCUCAUAAAACUCUACACAGAAAAAUUCAAACAUCCUCCGAAUUUCAAAUACAGAAUCUAAUGCAAGAACGAAAAAAAUUAGACUUGAGAGUAAAAACAUUAGAAAAUCGAAUUAAAUUUUUAGAAACAGAAAGACUAAAAUCUGCCCGAUUAGUAGAUUUAGCCAAAACCUUAAACCAAAAAAGAUUAGAAAUUCGAAAAAAGCACAAAGAAAGUUUAGAUUUUACUGAAAAAAGCAAAAAUCUAAAAGCAAAAGAGCUGGAAAAUAAGAAAAAAUAUGUAUCGCAGCAAAGGAAAAAAAGAGCAGAUAGCUUAAGCCAAACAAAAACAAAAAUUCUUGAAAAUAAACAUCGAGCGUCGUCAGCUGUAAAACUGGAAUCAAAAAACAUUGAAAACUUGAUUAAAAGCCGAGAAGAAAUGGAAAGAACUGUUGCCAAAGAGAGGGCAGAAUCUAUUAUUCAGGCUGCAAGAAGGAGAAAAGAAAAGCUUGAUUUAAAGCGAGAAGCAUUAAAAAUCUCUAACGAGAUGAAGUUUAUGGAAAGAAUGGAGCUUGAAAGUAAAGCUAAAAAAAAUACUCAAAAAGAAAUAAAAAAGCUUGGAAUGGCUGAAGGUACCAUAACAGAAAUGCUUAAUCCCCCUCCGUUAGAGAAUAAAACAAUUGGAAAAAAUCCUUAUUUUUUAUGUAAAAACCCACCCUCCAUGAACGAACAAAAAAAUUUUGAUAUAUAAGUGAUAAUUAUUAUAAUGAAAUCUCAAACUAAUUCUGCUGAAUUUAAAACAGCUUGCAAUCUAAAACAUGAAGUCUACAAACUAAAUAAUAUUUGCUUUAAAAUUCUUUCGAAUCAAAAAAUUUACUAUAAAUUAAUAUAUAAAAUAAAUCAGGGGAGAACAAAAUAUUUGUACGCUCGCAGAGUGGAGAGAAGCUAGCAAAACUUUAGAAAACCAAAAAUCAGCUUUUAAAAAAAUGAUGGAGAGUUCCCAAUCUUUAAAUUCCUCGUUUUCUUCUCAGAGUUCCAUAUCUCCUAAUCAGAGUGGAAUCUUUUAUUCACCAUCAUUAGACUCAACUGAGUGCUUUGAUGACUUGAAAAUGAAAUAUAUAGAAUAUGUUCCAUAUAAUAUAAUCGAUAUUACAAAUUCCUAA